ACUCUGUUUCCCUUUCACUUCCACUCAUUCCUUAUCUCUCAAUCAAAAUUCUCUCAAAACCCCAAAACCCCUCUUUUUCACAUUUUCAAUUUUCAUUAACUUUCUCUCUCUCUCUCUCCCUCUCCCUCUCCCUCUCUCAUGGCAGCUUCCCACUCUCUCCCAUCUCUCCGCCCCUCUCUCCGCCACCCUCACCGCCCUAACCUCUCUCCCACCUCCUUCUCCUCUUCCUCCACUCUCUUCCUCAAACCAGCUUCCACCGCCGCCGUCACCACCACCACUACCGCCGCCACUUCCUCUCUCUCCGCCGCAGCUGCCGGCUCCUUCUCUCUCUCCUCAGACACCUCCUCCGCCAUCUCUUUCGACGAGCUCGACCGCCUCCUAGCCGCCAAAGACUUCCGGAAAGCCGACGAGGAGACCCGCCGGCUUCUGAUCGCCCUUGCCGGCGACGGCGCCCUGAAAAGAGGGUACGUCUAUUUCUCUGAAGUUCAAUUCAUUGCCGCCGAGGAUCUGAAAGCCAUUGACGAUUUGUGGCAGAAACACAGCGAUGGGAAAUUUGGGUACAGCGUACAGAAACGGAUUUUCGAGAAAGUGAACAAAGAUUUCACGAAAUUGUUUAUGAAACUUGGGUGGAUGAAGAAGCUGGAUACUGAAAUUGAGCAGUACAAUUACAGAGCAUUUCCGACGGAGUUUAUUUGGGAGCUGACGGAGGAGACGCCUGAAGGGCAUCUGCCAUUGACUAAUGCUUUGAGAGGGAUACAGUUAAUGAGCAAUAUUUUGAACCAUCCGGCGUUUGAGGAGGACGCCAUUGAAGAGAAAGGUGAAGAAAAAUUUGCAGGGGAUGAAAAUGGAGGAUUGAAGAAAGGAUUGAAAUCGAUUACUGAGAGGCUUUUCAAAAGGGAUUAUAGCUUUUGAAAUUGGGGAUUUUGGAGAGUACCCAUUGGAAUUUACAUCGAAUUCCCAAUUGGGUUGUUUGGAUUUGGGAUGAAUUCGGUUCAUUUUGUUCUUCACACUUCUUUCUCUCUCUCUCUGACGGGUGACUUUUCAGUGUAUUUUAAAGGAUAAAAAUAUGAAAUUUAUUGGUAAUAGUAUCAUCUUAAUGUGA